AUCCUUAACAUAAUGAACAGCGAAAAAUAGUGGAAUAGAAAAUAAAAUAAAAAAUAAAAAAAUAGGGCAGAAAAAAAGUGGUUCGCACAGCAACCAGAAAUGUGCAGAGCGAAAUUUGUAUGAAAUAAAAAAAUGAAGGAAAAGUUUUGAAGAAUGAAAAAGACUCCUAUUGUUAUGGUAGUUCUAACGCCGCUCAAGUGCCGACGGCUUGGAUUGGCGGAAACCCCCAGAUGCCAUGACGUCGCUCAUUGGUCGAACGUGACUAGCGGGGCGUGUGACUUGAACGAACCACCGCGAAGCGCCCUUUUGCGUUGGCCGCAAAUGGGCUACAGAACACCUGCGCCUUAUUCUGCCUAACCCCCCCUUUCCCCGUGGGGGCUAAUUUACCGAGAGGGUACCCCAACCCCCCGAAAAGAGGUACUUUUCAGUCCUUACAUAAGUUCUGCAUGUAAGCUCACAUAAAAUCUUUGUCCGAUUGUCAAGCAGGCUGUGGUUUUGUGUUGUUCUGGGGGGGCCAUUCAAAAAGAUUUCCCCAUGUACCAGCCUUUUUUGACAUCCACUCUAUGUGACCACUUUUACCAACAGCAUCUGCUUUUUGACAAAAUUUAGAAGGGAUACUUGCUUAGUGACCUGAGUCUACAGCCGUCAUUUUUACAACAGGCACAGUGAUGACUAUGACUUUCUAACGGAUUUUGCAGAAUCGUCAGCUUUUUAUAAAUCAAUUGCAACACGAGACUCACGUGGUUUUCUGGAAACAAAAGUGAUUAGACUAUGAUUUCGAAUCCAAAUUGUAUUUUUAUGGUGGCGUCGAUUUAAAUUGAUUCUGCACAAUCGACGAGAAGUUGACCAACAAUUGAUGAAUUUGAUCUCUGUUUUUAGAAUUGGAAAUGUUGAAAAUGAAAUUUAUGAGGUAAAAAGUUCCUGGAAAAAUGUGUUUUUGUGUCUGAAACUAUUGAAAACUUUUUAAGAAACUGUAUUUCUAAAUAACAGAAAUCUGGGUUGAUAGUAUUACGUAUACAACAGAAGUGGUUAUUAACACAGAUAUCAACUACUUAUUGAACUGCAAUAAAAGAUAAAAAAAUAUAUAUAUCCAAUUCAAUUACUCCUACUUUGAUUGCAUUCGAUAAUUCUGGCCGAUUUUUUAUCUUUUAAAAAUUGGGAAUGCACGCUGAUGAUUUGGAGCUAAGUUUUUAAACUGUUAUUUUAAUUUCUUUUGAAAUGGCUUUGAAGAUGAAGAGAACAUUAAAUCAAGUGAAAUCUUUGAUUUGUUGGAGCACUUAUGAUUUCUAACGCAACCACCAAUACACCAAAUAUUUAAGAUGGCUGCCUCUCCACCUACUUUAAUUCAACCCCCGUCUCCUUCAAGCAACGACGAAAGUCCCGUGCCAUCAGAAGAGCCCAGCAAGAUGACGCGAGAGAAAGAAAAGCAAUCCCUGGCAUUCUCCAUCGCCAAGAUAAUGGAGCCAGGACCAAAGAAAAAAUCAAACUCUCCCGAUAAAGGAAUCACACCACUGCUCAACGUGAUGUUUGAAGAUUUCAACAAAAGGAUGUCUCUCAUGAAUCCACUCAUGGUGAAUCCCCUUCUAGCCUUCCCGCCGAAUAGAGGUGUCGAUGACGUGGAUCCAAUGGGCAUGAACUACAUAUCAAGUCAACAAAGAUAUCCUCCGAUGAACAUGGACGCCAUGUAUGAGCUGGCACUCAAACGUCUCAUGGAGAACUCUGGAAUGCAAGAUUUGAGGUGUCAGCUCAACAGCACUUGCUCAUCCUCUCGUUUCCUCAAUCAAAGAUCUCAAGACCUCCUCAGGCACUACAGUUUCAUGUACGCAUCCUUACCACCACAGCAACUGAUCAGAAACAAUGGUGAUUUACCGUGGGAAGAGGUACCACCAGCUCCCAAUGUGCAUAGUAUGGAUGCAGCUUCCAUCCACAAGGUGAUUCGUCCUCAACCAGUUUUUGCCACCACAUCCACUGGCGGAUCUCGCCAAGUGGAGGACACUAGUGACUCAGACGCUUUGUGCCAACCCCUUCCCAGCAGUAAUCCGAACUCUAGAUUUCCUGGGGAAGUUAAGAUAUCUUCAGAAUCGUCUGGGGAAUCAAGUAGUCCUGCAAGGCAAAAAAGAAAUCACAACAAGCAAAAAACUUUCACUUGUCCCGAGUGUGGGAAAGUGUUUAAUGCCCACUACAACCUCACUCGUCACAUGCCUGUUCAUACCGGUGCUCGCCCGUUUGUUUGCAAAGUUUGUGGUAAAGGUUUCCGACAGGCCAGCACACUCUGCAGGCAUAAAAUAAUCCACACACAAGAAAAACCACACAAGUGUCAUACAUGUGGAAAAGCGUUCAACCGCAGUUCGACAUUGAACACUCACAUACGAAUACACGCCGGAUACAAACCAUGGGUUUGCGAGUAUUGUGGUAAAGGUUUCCACCAAAAGGGCAACUACAAGAACCACAAACUAACUCAUAGUGGUGAAAAGGCUUAUAAAUGCUCGGUGUGUAACAAAGCUUUUCACCAAAUUUACAAUCUAACUUUCCAUAUGCAUACGCAUAAUGAUAAAAAACCAUAUACGUGCAAAGUGUGCGGUAAAGGCUUCUGUCGGAACUUUGACUUAAAAAAACACAUGCGUAAAUUACAUGACGGUGGCCUCGCGUCGUCCAGUGUCAGUCAUAGUCAUGAAAACAGCUCAGGACAGGCUGUUGCAGUGAGUUUAAUGAACCCAUUCUUUGUGUCUCCGAACUCAAAUGCAUAUAUGGAAGCGCCACCUAGAAUAGUUUUGUAGUACUAAUUGUAUAUAUAGGAAGAGGAAUUUUGUAUUCUACGCUUGUAUAAUAGGAACUCAGAUGUUAUGUUAAUAUAUUAAAAAUCUUAGUCAAUUUCCAGCAGAAAUUUGAAUCGCGAGGACAAAAAAGAGUUAGUGAUAUAAAUUGUUGGUUCUUUUAGUACCAUAGAAACAUUUAAAUCCCAUACAUUGGAAAUAUUUAAUUAUGUACUGGCAAUAGGGCUUUCUUAGUGAAAUAAAUAUUCUACAGCUCUUUUA